UUGCAUUUUUUCUCGAUCGCGCAUAGCGUAAGACUUCUUAGUGAGCCGAUCUGCCGAGAAUAAUCGAGGCUAUCACCGUCUAACCGGAAGAAUUACUGACCGUUAUUUGUUGUUUCUCGUUCGGUCGUACUUUUCAAUAUGUUGGUCGAAGACAGUGUGACUGAGCAAUUCUCAUGGAUUUGAUAGAUGUCAAAGGUGUGUAGAAGCAAUAAAAGUCUUCAGAAUUUCCUUGAAGUUUGGGAUUUCUCAGCCAAUUAGUAAGUGUGCCAGGAAGAAAUAAUUGUAUCGUCGGCGACAGUUCACGAUUGCAGACGACGGAUAAUUGAACGUAAUUAGAGCUUACCGAGGCAUGUCGGCGCGAGGCCCAGACGGAAAUAGAGAAGCGCACCCCUGCCUCGAGAGAUGGGGCUAAGCAGAUAGGAGCCGGAGAGGAGCGUGGACGUGGGCCGUGAUGCUGGCGAGGAGUGCGAUGCUCGCCCAGCGCGUCCUUGCUAUUCUUUUCAUCGUCAACGUGCCUAUCGUGAGGUGCCUAGUGCCGGAUUUCCAGCAUCCGAUGCAGAACGUAACGGUGCCGAAGGGUCGUGACGCGACGUUCACGUGCGUGGUGAACAACAUGGGUGGAUACCGGGUGAGUCCUUCCUCCUCCGCGAGCGGUGAUCACGCUGGUGCCAAUCCUCGGGUGGCCUGGAUCAAGGUGGACACAAAAGCAAUCCUCGCCAUCCACGAGCACGUCAUCACCAACAACGCCCGGCUCUCGGUCACGCACAACGACUUCAACACGUGGACGCUCAACAUCAAGGACGCGAGACCCGAGGAUCGGGGAACCUACAUGUGCCAGGUCAACACUGAUCCCAUGAAAAGCCAGAGUGCAGUUUUGGAAGUUGUCAUACCACCGGACAUUAUCUACGAGGAGACCUCGAGUGAUUUAAUGGUCCCGGAGGGAGGUUCCGUCAAACUCCUGUGUAAAGCGCGAGGCUACCCUAAGCCUGAAAUCAAUUGGAAACGCGAAGACGGACAGGACAUCGUCUCCAGGGCGCCAAGCGGCAGUAGAACAAAGGUACCACAGGCACAAGGGGAGGUGUUGAGCUUCCCCAACGUCGGCAGGAGCGAAAUGGGAGCUUACAUGUGUAUAGCAAGCAAUGGUGUGCCACCUUCGGUGAGCAAGAGGAUGAUGCUGCAAGUUCAUUUUCGACCAUUGAUUGAGGUGCCGAAUCAACUGGUAGGCGCGCCUAUGGGAACGGAUGUGACGCUUUCGUGCAAAGUUGAAGCCUCGCCGAAGCCUAUUAAUUACUGGACGCGCGAAAAUGGGGAAAUGAUAAUAACCAACGACAAAUACUACAUGUCUGAGGAAGCGACAAACAUGUACAGCUCCUGGAUGCAACUGAUCAUUCGCAAACUUGAAGCACGUGAUUUCGGCGGCUACAAGUGCAUUUCGAAAAACUCGUUAGGUGACGCCGAAAGUGGCAUCAGAUUGUACGAAAUAGCACUGCAGGAUAGAAAAGGCGACAACGACUUUGAGAGCGACGAGCGCGAGCAAAGCAACCGGCUGAACCACGUGUACCAAGGCUCGCUGCGCGAGAGCGGCGCGACCCUCCAACCGAGGGGUAAUGCGGCCACGGCUGCGGCGACAGCGUCUUCUUCUUUCGACAGCAACAUGCAAGUGGCGAGGCUCCGGAUGACUCUGCUACUGCUGUUGCUGCCAGUGUUGAUCGCCAGGGCGUAAGUGGCCCGUGCUCUCUCACUCACUCGGUCACGCUCACCUGUAAAAAGUUGCAUAGUACCUAUAAGCUAUACACCAGCGCCACCAACAUGCCCCGGGUUCUGGCUCGUUCGCGACUCGGAGCUCGGCUAUCCUAUCUCACCUAUUGGCUUUUCCGCGUGUCCCCAGGACAUGCUCGUUAAUUUGAUUCGUUCGUUCUUGUCGCUAGGUCGAUAGUCUCGCGCCGAUAACACGAACGCAGCCGAGUCCGGAACAAUAACUGUUAUUAUUGUGCGGAUACAAAAGCAUUGUACAUAGACCUUAUCAAAAAUGGAUAAGCGCACCUGGAGAAAGCUUAUUUAUUGAAAAUGUUACUUUAGUCCUGGCUUUGAUGUUUUAGCGAUUUCGAUGCGUAUGCAAUUCGAAUGAGUGACAUCCUCAUAGAUUAUGUGCGCAUUUGAAAAGUUAAAAGCAACCGCUGUCGUGCCAAAGUUACUUGAGUUGUUCGUGAGUACGGAAAUAAUUAUGGAAGAAUGCACCGUUGAAAAUUAUCGUUGACUUUAUUAUAACUACUCGAGGCUCACGACUACUGAAAUGUCCAAAAAUGAAAUUUCGUUGCAUGUCGUUCCUGUUUCUACAAUCUAAUGAUGUAGGGGAUAAAGCAAGUUGAAAGAUAAGAUUAAGGAAUCUAAAAAAGUUCACUAGGGAAUGCUGAAACAUUCAGUGCCCGAUUCCCGAACGACAAGCCUAAAUGAUUUAGCAUACACGCUAGACAAUGUAGGAUGAAGGAGGCUAAGUGACAUGACGUAAAGAUUGAUCUGUAGAUUGAAAUUCUAGCGACCUAUAUUGCUCUGCUUGUACCGAGGACACGGUGUUCAUGCGCGUGAAAGAUGGAAUUGAGAACUGCGGGCGGAACGCGACAGGUUUUCCGCACAGCGUUUUCCGUGAUUGCGCACAUUUCAUUAUCCGAUAUAAUUCCGGUUGCCUCUUGGCCCCUCUCCCUUUUCACUUUUCUCCGCUUUCUUCUUGCGCCAUGCUCGCACUUCAUAUCGCAGAUUAGCGAGCACCUGUUGCUGCUGCUACCGCUGCAGCCAACAGUGCCGCCAGCUACGCUGCUCCUCUGGAAAUCUAAUUGCUUCCUCGGCGCAAGAAUCGACUCCGGCUUGCGGAUAUAUUAUAUAUCCGUACUUCGCCAAAGAAAACUCUUUAAUAAUCUCGAUGCACUACUCUCUGAUCUGCUCCGGCAAGUUGCUGCUGCGGAUGAAAGUUUUUCGCGAACUCCUUAAUUAAGAACACGAUUUGCCUCUCACGCUCCAUCGUACACUCGGUAUUCGAUUUUCGAAAUUUUUACACCAAUUCGAUCACUAUUUCUUGUAAAUGGUCCAAAAAACAUAUCAUUUCUACUGACUAGGCAAGUGGCGUUAGAUCCAUAAAGUUCUAUAGUGUUUGUACAUUUAGUAAAUUGUAACUCUUGUCAAUUAAAGUUUUUUAGUGCGUGUUUCAGUUAUAUUAAUACUGUCUUAUAACAAAACAAAAAAAUGACUUAAUUACAGUUGAAUAGACCUUCUCUACAGCAUUUGUCAUGGAAUUAGUAUACUUUAUUUUUUUAUACGUGUGUAAAUAUCUUUUCAGUACGUUUUUUCAUAAUUUUCCACUUGAAAAGGUUUAUGUGCAUCAGAAAAUGUUUAAUUACUCAUAAAAUGUCAACUUAGCACAUUUAUUUUUCUGUCAGAAGAAUGCGUAAUAUCAAAUAGGUUUAUCAUAUUAAAAAAUAAUACGACAGUUUCCGUAUGCUAACUCGCAAUCAUCUUAUAAAAUUUUACUGACUGAUUCUAUACUGAUUUUUUCAUACUCUGAAAGGAUAUACACUUUUUACUCACUGCAAUAAUGAAAGUACAUAAC